CGGGGACGGGAGGGCGGACUCCCCGCCUUAACAAGCCGAGCGCCCGAUCUUCCGUCCCAAGCCUUUCAUCUGCCUGCUGUCAGGAUGCCCCGGACCAGCCAGCGGAAGGUGGAAGGCUGCCUGGAUUCCUAGCCAGCGAGCUGUCAGCCGUCGCUCUCCAGGCCAGUCAGUCGUCGCCUCAGAGCGACGACUGUUUCUCCCAAGGCAAAAGGCGGCGUGGACGCGGGAACGGAUCCAGGACUGUUUGUUUCCUGCCCUUAGACGUCCCAGCUGAGCUUCGCGGGCGGGAGGCUCCCUCCUCGGGGUUCAGCCACCGCCUCCCGGCCGGGGCCAGGUCUCCGUCUCCUUCCCUUCCUCCGCGACUGGACUCUCCUGCUGAGAAGGAGUGGGGGGCGCCCCACCAUGCCGCCCCGAAGACCUUGAGUGGCAGCUCUCCCCUUUGGUGGAGCGGAUCCGACGCCAGGGGUUGCUGGGGGGGUAUUUUUUUGCAGCCACUGCGCCGCCCAGCCCAGCCCAGCCCCGGGAAGGAAGACGUCUAGGAAGAGGGUAGAGACGACCAUGCAGAGCUGGACUAAGUUCUCCUCCCGCCCUCUCCUCUUCCUAGCCGCGCUCUUGGUGGUGGAAGGUUCCCAGCUCGACGGCACCAAGGCGAACGCGAUCAAGGCCACCCUCAUGGGCGAGACGCCGACCCAGGCGGCCAACAGGACGGCCACCUUCCACCAAGGACUCUCUCUGGGGAGCGGCAAGAAAGGCAAGCUCUUCGGCCAAGGUGGGAAAGGCCUCAAGCAUUAUCACCGGCAAGGCGAGGCUUAUCCUUGCACUAAUGAUAAAGAAUGUGAAGUCGGGAAGUACUGCCACAGUCCCCAUCAAGCUACAUCUGCCUGCAUGGUUUGUAGAAGGAAGAAGAAACGUUGCCACAGAGAUGGCAUGUGUUGUCCUGGAAACCGCUGUAACAAUGGUAUUUGUAUACCAGUGACUGAGAGCAUUCUCACACCCCAUAUUCCAGCUCUAGAAGUGCCUCGCAAUAAAAAAAAUAAUCACUAUCCCACCAAGGAUUUGGGCUGGCAAAAUCUUGGGAAAGGACAGUCUAAGCUGACACACGCAAAAGGUCAUGAAGGAGAUCCUUGCUUAAGGUCCUCUGAUUGCACAGAAGGGUUUUGUUGUGCUCGUCAUUUUUGGACCAAAAUUUGCAAACCUGUGCUACACCAAGGAGAAGUAUGCACUAAACAGCGGAAGAAAGGUUCCCAUGGCUUGGAGAUUUUCCAGCGAUGUGACUGUGCCAAAGGCUUAUCAUGUAAAAUCUGGAAAGAUGCCACUUAUUCUUCAAAAGCAAGACUUCAUAUGUGCCAGAAGAUCUGAGACAGGAUUUGAAAAUUGUCACCGGCAGGCCUUGACAAAUGUCUACUGCAUAGACUAUGGUGGAAAAAAAAAUUGUAAAUAAAAAAAUGACUGGCCCAAGUUUCCUUGAGCCAGAAAAAGGCCCAAAUGACUGGCCCAGUAUCCUUGUGGCAAGAAAAAGCAUCAUCUCCACAUGUGUUAUAAUUCUGCUUGGAAGUACGGCUGACAGCAGAUGGAUGUUCUUUUUAGCGUGAUGCCAUUAGACAGUGCGGCCAAAGAUUUGCGACAAAGCUUCUACUGAUAAUCUUGUGACUUUUCCAUAUUAGUUGUAGGUAGUUUAUCCCACUCUGAUGAUAAAAUAGGAUAUAUUUACAAUACAGAGCAGGACUUUGCCAAGACAUAUUUCUUUUCUUUUUUUUUUUUGCCAAAAUAUAUUUCUAUCAACACAUACUUGUAUAUUAGGGGUGGGUUCUACUUACCUUUGCUACUGGUUUGCAGCAGGGCCGCGUGCAUGCAUGCACAAUCUUCUGCACAUGCGCAGAAGCGUUUUGGCGAUGUUGGGGUCGGUGGGCGGGGCCUUCUGCCGGUUUUACUACCGGUUCUAUAGAACCAGUGCAAACCGGGAGCAACCCACCACUGUUGUAUACUGAAUAAUAACUACAAAAAGUUCCCAGCAAACUAAAGGUGUUGGAAAUAAAAGAGGAAGUUACUACAAUUAUGGACUUUAUUGUUUUACAAUCCAAGGCCCUCACUUGCAAAGGGAUUUUUAAUCUCUGUCAAUAUAUAUGAAAAGAGGCAGUUAAGCUAGGGUAAUAAUCUAGAUUCAUAUUUCUCAAGUUUUGCAAUUUAGCUAUACUGGUUGGAGAAUUCUGGGUUUUGAAGUCCAGAUAUCUUAAAUUGUCAACAGUAAAAAACACUGAUUUAGAUUCAUAUAAAUGAUAUAAACAGUUAGAUUUCAUAACACAAACUGAUAGUUCUUCAUUUAUUGUAGCUAAUGACUCCCAUUAACUUGGUUUACUGAUUUAUUGAUAGCCACAUGGAUUUACAGUAAAAACAGACUAUUCAUUACCACAUCCAAAAUGGAAUGAUAUACUAAGAUGCUGGUUGUAAAUACUAGGGAAUGGGGGUUUGCAUUAUGAAUUAUUCUUCAUUUUUGCCCUUAAAGUGGGGCAUUCAGGAUCAUUAAACCUGUUUUGCUAAAUAAUAUGUCAUAAGGGUUUUAGAUCAGAACGUAAACCAUGAUAUGUCAGUGACAAAAAAAAAAGAUAAUAGCAUUGAGAGUAUUGAGAUUAAUAUGUGUCAUAAGAAUACGGUAAAUAUGUUCUGAAUGCACCUUAGGAAUGUGUUUGACAUUGGCACUACUGGAUUGCUGUACGUAUAUCAAUGGAUGCCAGUGGAGUUCACUUCAGCAGUAUUAAUGGGCUAGUAAAAUGGACACCAAUUUCUUCUCCUUUCUUCCCCAUUCAGCAUCCUUAUAUGUUCUUUCACAGUGUUGAUAUCCACAUGGUAUGAUCUACGUUAACUUUAGGAGACUGAUGGUUCCUCUUUGCUUAAAAGGAGGAAAGAAUUGUGUGCUUGUUUGUGUGUGUGUGUGUGUGUUUGUGUGUGUGUGUUUCUAAUUCUGUUCAUUUUGUUUUAUUUUGGGGACUCCUUCAUGUGAGUUUAAUAUGCUGAGGCAAUAUGCCAUUUGUAAUAUCUGUUAAAAAUGGAGCAAUCAAAGGUAACCAACAACAAUAGCAACAAAGUGUUUUUGUAGCUAGCAAGUUUUUUUCCCUGACUUUCUGAAGCCAUGAAAUGACUAAGUUUUGCAAAAAUUAACAUUUAUCUGUAAUUAAUUUAUAUUUCAAAACCCACGAAUAAAUAUCAGCCAAAUGCUACAUGUUUUUCAUGUCUAUUAAAAAAAUACUUUCAAACCAUUUUCCAUUUCAGUGCCAAACUGCAACUUCAGAAAGUACCUAAAUUAUCUAAACGCAUAUGGUAGUGGUAAAGCAAUUUGCAGCCUGUCCUUCAUUGUUUAUACACACAAAAAGGCAAGAAAGUGGAUUUUGGCAGAGGUGUUUAUAAUUCUCUAAGUUUUUGUUUUAAAAUCAGAAUUCCAUAAACCUUUGAUGGGAAUUCAGAGUAAGCCAUGAAACUACGCUAGCAGUACAGUUGAUAGACUCCUUAGUCCAGUAUUAAUAGGAUGUUAUAUGUUCUAAUUUCUUCCCAUACUAUUUGUGUAGUUUAUUUUAAUGUACAUGAUCUAGGAGGAAAAAAUGGAUAUUACAUGCAAAUUUGUUUUAUGAAUUUUAGACAGUAUUGCUUAAAAUAAAAAAAGUAGCUUUGACAGAUAGUAGAGAUACAAUGCAGUUUUAGCUUUCUCUGGCUUAAUUGUUCUACUUAAAAUAUCCCAAGACAUUGCUCCAUCCAUUUAUGUUUUAGAUAUGUAUUUCCUUUGGCAAACUUCUCAUUGAAACUUCAUUUAGGAAAAGCAGCUUGAGCAAGAAAUUAGAAAACUAUUUUUUUAAAAAAAACAUCAAUUGUUCCUGCUACCAACAGAUUAUUAGCUCUGAAGCACCAGAUUGAAUAUUUAAUUUUUUUUUGUCAGUAAUAAGAUACUUAUAUAGAAGCUUAUUUAAAGUUUAGGAAGUUCAAAUUAUUUGGGAGUUUAAUACAGGAAGCUCUAUUCAGUUUACUUCAAUACAAUGAAAAUGGGAUGGAGAUGGACAAAAUGUAUCAGUUCUUUGAUUAUAGGAAAGAUCCUUGCCCUCAGCCCAGCUAACAGUAACAAAGUUAUAUCCCUGACUUGUUGAAAUGUUAUCUGCAUGCCCUUCCCCACUUUAUUUUCCCCCAUAUGUAGUAUUUGAAAUAAUUUAUUUACAGGAAAUGUUUAAUGAGAUGUAUUUUCUUAUAGAAGAGAUUUCCUACAGAAAGCUUUGUAGCAAAACUAUACUUGCAAUUUGUUGACUUUGUAAUUUAGAAAGAAAUGUAUAAUAAGAUUAAAUAUAUUAAAAUGUUUUUUUUUCA